AUGACGAACUUGAGCCCCAACUCCUCGGACCUCUGGACGUCCUUCGAAGUAAGGCCUCCAGGGUUCGCCCCCGUGGACGACGGCCCUCCAGCCAGCGGCGCCCAGUAUUUUUCACUUUCAGUAGACUCAGGUCGUGGAUACUACCGUCAGGCGCCAGAGGAAGACCCGAAGGAAGACCCGGAGGAAGAGCAGCUCCCCCCACCUACUCCCAAGCGCAUCAUCAUAUGCUGCGAUGGCACCUGGCAGUCGUCCGUGAAUGGGCGGUGGGGCAUUCCCUCCAACGUCACACGACUUGCUCGUUCCAUUGCGCGCACUGGGAAGAUGAAAAAGAAGAAGGAAAUCCGAAUUGAGAAAGGGAUUGGAAAUGAGUUUGAAAUGACGGAAGAGGUCGAGGACGAAUUCCCUUGUCCUCAGAUCGUGUAUUAUGGCUCAGGCAUAGGCGCGGGUACUGGUGUCAGCUUAUUUGAGAAUCUGCGACAGGCAAUCUUCGGCGACGGCCUUGUCGGAGAAGUCAUCAAAGCUUACAACUUCAUCGUCAUGAACUACUGCCCGGGGGAUCAGAUCUGCUGCUUCGGCUUCUCCCGGGGCGCCUUCACGGCUCGCGCGGUGGCGGGUCUCAUCACGGACAUUGGCGUCAUUCGGCCCAAAGAGAUGAACGACUUUCCGGAUCUGUACGAACUCUACCGGAAGUAUCGCAUCACAGACGGCCCAACCUUCCGCCAGACCAAGGCCUACAGGGAGUGGAUCACCGGCCAAUUCGAGGGAGGCAAACAGACUCGAAAAAGGCACCGCCUCCCUCCGGAAUCGAGCAGAGUCAUAGAAGUCGAAGGCGUCUUCGACACUGUUGGUGCCUUGGGAAUCCCUGGCCUGUAUUGGGUCCAAAGGUUUCUCAACUGCAUCGCGCUUUACCUCCCACAGCUUGGUAUCGAUUACCAAGGAUUCUACAGGACUUCCCUGAGUAACUACACCAAGCAUGCCUUUCACGCGUUGGCUCUUGAUGAACAUAUGGCUCCCUUUGCGCCUACUCUUUGGCAUCUUCCGAACGCAGAAGAAACUGAAAGAGAAAAGCAUGAUUUGGAGAACUACGAGUCUCUCGAUAAGAAAGAGGUCAACGACUACUUUGAAGACCUUGCCAAUGGUAAGAUCAAAAAAGAUGUAACUGAGAAAGAGCUCAAUGAGGCGUGGGAUAAAGUGGUUAAGGUCCAUAUGGCAAAGGAGCCAAGAGACUUCACGCCGGAAUUGCGCCAGGUUUGGUUUCCCGGUGGCCAUGUCAACAUCGGAGGUGGCAACUCAGCCGACCUGGCCGGCUUUUCAUACGAUUUCGAACAAAUCGCUCUCAUCACCUUCUCCUGGAUGUGCGAUCAAAUCGCGCCGUUUAUUCGUCUCGACGACGGGAAGGUGAAAGGCAAACCAGACAACUAUUCGAGCCUUGCCCAUCGUGAAAUCAAAGCACGCGAUUACCUGAUUUUCAGCUUAGAACAGAAAAGAAACUCGGGCCUACCCGGAUUUCUGCGGCGAUUGUGGCGCUCAGUGGUCUCUCUCACACGUCCGACCCCAGACAAUAACAGGGAAGCCGAUAUUUGGGGCACAGGAGAUACCAUUGACGUCUUCAAAAUCUUUGAGAGCUUCUACAUAUUUGGAAUCUUCGUAUUCUUCUUGAAACUCUUACCCCGCAUGUAUACCGACAGGACGCCAGGCCACUACGAGGACAAGUUCCGAAAGGGAAGUGACACAAAGGAGAUGAUCCAUCCUUCUAUUUAUUACCGCAUGAGUGAGCGCCCUGACUACAAACCAGGCCCCCUGGUGCCAGACCCAGAACCGAAAAAGGGGGAACUCAACAGGCGCCAGCCAAAGUGGAAGAGCAAGGAAGUCAACAUUCAGGGAUACGUGAUCAAGAAGGAAGACCGCAUAUCACGCCAUAUGGUUAAUCAAUCGAAAGCCAGGGAUUUCAUGGCUCCACUGAUGGAAGUUGGGGAGUAG